AUUAUCAUAUUCAAAUUCUUGCUAUGACUCGUAUAUUUGUCAGAUAAAACUGGUUUUAUCUGACAAAUCUGAAUGAUUAAGUUGAUAAAACUAUGAAAAUGAACUCAUUUUAACAUUUUAUUUGUCUGCAUAAGGUCAAUCAGGUGAAAUUCAGUAAGUAAUUAUUCUAUCAUAUAUUUUGAACAUAUAUUUUGAAUAGUGACUUUUAUCUAUUCCACUUACAUAAAUAUUUUUUCAUAUAUAUUAAAUACGCAAAUUAAAAAAUUAUAAACAUCACGUAAUAUUUCAAAAAACGGAUACAUGUGCUUUUAUAUAUUAAAUUGUUUUGCAAUAUUAAUUAUAGAUUUUUAUUUAUUGAUAUAUGAUUUAUAAUUUAACUUGCGUAGGCAUAAUUAGCCGCAAACAGAGGCUAACUUGCAUCCAAAUUGGUCCAAGAUAUCUACAUAUUCCUAAAAAUUCAUCAAAAUGACAACGAUUAACAUCAAAGAAUAUUUAAAAAACAGAUCCAGCUUUAUGCAUUUACUCAUCGUUCUGUUUGGUAUAUCUGCUUGGAUAGGUGUUAAUGGAAUUUUUGUACAAUUACCAAUACUCAUUCAUUGUUCUCCUGAAGGUUCAGCUUUACCAACUUAUAUAGUAAUAGCAAUACAAAUGGCUAAUGUGGGACCAAUAAUAUAUACAUUUUUACAACAAAUGCAAAUUAAAAUAAAUGAAUUUUUAUCUAUAUUAGGAAUUCUUAUUAUAGGAAAUAUUUCUAUGGCACUUUUAAUAUUUUUUUAUAACAGAACUGUUGUUAUAUCAAAUUCAGAAUAUAGUUUAGCAUUAUUUGUUUUAACAUUUUUUACGGCACUUGUUGGGUGCUUUAGUUCUGUGCUAUUUAUGCCUUAUCUUCGCAAUUUUAAAAAAACAUAUAUGACGUCAUAUUUUAUUGGUGAAGGAUUAAGCGGUGUGCUACCAAGUUUAGUUUCCUUGAUGCAAGAUAUUGGAGAAAAUACAAAAUGUGUCACAAAUAGUAACAUUACAUCGAAAGAAAUCAUUUCUAAUUUUAGAUUUUCUCCAUUAUAUUAUUUUCUAUUUAUCUUUCUUGUUCUAUUCCUAUCUCUAAUUGCAUUCAUUAUAUUACAAUAUUUUUCAUUUCAAGAUAUCAAACAAAAUUAUCAACAGAAUAAAAAUAGUCAGGAUAAAAUACAAGUUACACAUUAUAAUAUUAAAGAUAAACCUAUUUUUGCUUCCAAUAAUUUAUGUUUAGAAAAUGAUCAAACAAUUAAACAUUCUUUAUCAAAUGACGAAAGCAAAAAUGCAAAAUGUCUUAAAGUAGAUUACAAAAUGUCUCUUUAUAAAAAAUUGUACUUACUUAUUUUAAUGAGCUUCCUUUGUUUCUUUGGUAAUGGAUUUUUGCCAAGCAUACAAUCAUAUUCUUCUUUACCAUAUGGAAAUAUAACAUAUCAAUUGUCUAUUACUUUAGCACAAUUUGCAAAUCCAAUUGCAUGUUUUAUAACAUUUUGGAUUAUACCAUCAAAUUUAAAUAUUAUUCACUCUUUAUCAACAAUAAUAUUAAUACUUUGUAGUUAUGUUACAUAUGUAGCACUGAUGUCUCCUUUUGUACCUCUCCAAGAAUCUAAAAUUGGUGUAAUAAUUAUAUUAAUAUCGUGGACUAUUCUUAUAGGAUUAAUUUCUUAUGUGAAACUUAUUAUUAUCUCAAUAUUUAGACAGGUACAAAAAGAAAAUAUUCUUUUUUAUGUUGGCAUUAUUAUGCAGGGAGGUUCUGCGAGUGGAGCAAUUAUUUCAUUUACUUUAAUCAAUUUCACAGAUCUUUUCCAUACAUAAAGAAAAAACAUAUAUAUAUAUAUAUACAAACUUUCCAUUUGUAUGAGUUCACAAAUUAUUUAUCAUUGUUAUAAUAGACGUUUCAAAGAAAUAAGGACAAUAAAAAAAUUAAAUUAAUGA